AUGUCUCGACUAUCGUCCACUCGCGACUCAGCUUCGUACGGGAGCGUGGCCCCAUGCUCGUCUUCGGCCUACUUCCAGAGCAGCCCCCAGUCGCAGGCGCUGAGCAGCUCUCCGUCAACCAUCAGACGCGCUCUGCAAGCUCCAGACAUCAGUCACUCCCAGCACACGCCCACGGUGACCAGCUCGAGGCCCAGCAUCUCGCGCAUCUCGGCUUCGCGCGCCGGCACCCGGCCCAGCACCGCCUCGGGCCGCAAGUCUCGCACAACCACAACGUCGUCCAUCCUUGGUCUCGGCGAACAGCAGAACAUCGUCUGCGCCCUCGCCGAGUCGUGCGGCGUCACGCCCUCGGUGGGCGUCGCCUUUGUCAACAUCUCGCUGGGUGAAGCCAUUCUCAGCCAGAUAUGCGACAACCAGUCCUAUGUCAAGACCAUCCACAAGAUCCAGAUGCUUUCGCCCUCUCGAAUCAUCUUGAGAUCUUCCGUCUGUCCGCCCAACACCCCCAGCACCCUGUUCAGCCUGGUCCAGGAGCUCGUGCCAGAAGCCCGUUGCGACGCCCUCGAUCGCUCAGCCUGGUCAGAACACGCUGGCAUGGACUACAUUCACAAGCUGGCAUCGCCCGACGACGUCGAGCCAGUCAAAUUCGCCUUGCAAGGCAAAUACUACUCGACUUGCUCUUUUGCAGCUGUCAUGAAAUAUCUCGAGCACCAAUUCACAAUCAACUUCGCCCCUCACUCCCUUCGCAUCCGAUACCAACCGUCCGAGGACACCAUGAUGAUCGACAUCUCCGCCAUACAGUCGCUCGAAAUCAUGCAGAAUCUCCGCAAUCCCAAGUCCAAGGACUGUUUGUACGGAACCCUCAACCACACAUCUACUCCCAUGGGGGCGCGAAUGCUGCGCAGUAACAUCCUUCAGCCACCGACUCGCCAAGACUCAUUCAUAGUCCCUCGAUAUGAUGCCCUGGAAGAGCUCACAACGAAUGAGGAGAUGUUUCGCGAAACUCGGAGAGCUCUAAAGGGCUUUCACGACGUCGAACGGCUGCUCACAAAGCUCAUCAUUGUUUCCUCCGAUGCCAGCAUGAUGCAGAUGGAGGAGCAGAUUGGCCAGAUCCUCAUGGUCAAAAGCUUCCUCGAGUCGGCUCCGGACCUGCAUAGAGCUUUGGGCCCAGCGCAAAGUGCGCUUCUGGUCAAAAUCCGAGACCUCUGUCGUCCCGAAGUGACGGUGCCAAUUCUCUCCGGCAUCCGCACAAUCAUCGAGGCCGAUGUAACGUACAUGAAGUCGCCGUUGGAUCUCCGAAAUCAACGCACUUUCGCGGUCAAGACGGGCAUCAGCGGCAUGCUAGAUGUCGCUCGUCAAACUUACAAGGAGCUCACUGAAGAAAUCCACCAGCACGUUGACGAGUUGAAUGAGGAAUACCGAGUUCGAGCUACGCUCAAGUUCGAUAACGGGCGAAAAUACUGGCUUCGCCUCAAAGUAGCCGACUUUGAAGAAGCCGCCUCGCCUCCCAUCUUCAUCAACCUGGUUCAAAAAAAGGACAACAUUGAAUGCCAGACGCUAGAUCUCGUCAAACUAAACGUGAGACUUUCCGACACGUCAAACGAGGUCGUUAUCAGAAGCGACGCUGUCAUACAGGAUCUGAUGCACGAUCUCCGGCAAGCUUCGCCGCAGCUGUUUCGCGUUUGCGAGUCCGUCGCGCUUGUUGACAUGCUUUCAUCCUUUGCCCAACUAGCAACAACGCGAGACUAUGUCCGACCAGAAGUCACUGACACAUUGGCAUUGAAGUCGGCGCGGCAUCCCGUCUUAGACAGAACUUUGAGCGGAAAAUAUGUCCCAAAUGAUUACUACGCCACCGAGCAGUACAGCUUCCACGUCGUGACCGGGUGCAACAUGAGUGGAAAGACUACCUACAUCCGAACGGUGGCGCUGCUUCAGAUCAUGGCUCAGAUCGGGAGCUUUGUGCCCGCCGAGUAUGCGGCAUUCCCAGUCAUCCACAACAUCUUUGCAAGAGUGUCGUUGGACGACAGCAUCGAGUCCAGCCUGUCCACGUUUUCCAUCGAGAUGCGCGAGAUGGCUUUUAUCCUGCGAAAUGUGGACAGCAAGAGCCUCGCCAUCGUGGACGAAUUGGGGCGCGGAACGAGCACUCGAGACGGUUUGGCCAUUGCAAUCGCCAUUUCAGAGGCACUCAUUGAAAAGAAGGCGUCGGUGUGGUUCGCAACACACUUUGUCGACCUGGCUCGCGUGCUGGCAGAGCGGCCCGGCGUGCUGAACCUCCACCUCGCCGCCCAGAGCUCGGAGACGGCUGCUGGAUUGCCUCACCUGAAGAUGCUCUACAAGGCCACGGCGGGCACUUUCGGUGAACAGGAACACUACGGGAUUCAUUUGGCCCGUGCCAUUGGCCUGCCAUCGAGCUUCAUCGAAAAAGCCGAGCAAGUCGCCGACUCGCUGCGACAGACGAGGGAAGAGAAUCGACAGAGCUCCGAGUCCCGCAAGCUUGUCGUGCGACGCAAAUUGCUCUUGAACCUAUACGCUGCCCUUUUGCAGGCGCGGGACUCUGGCAGCGAGGAAGCAUUGCCCGGCUAUUUGCGUCGGCUUCAGGCAGAAUUCAUUCAUCGUAUGGAGGAGCUCGAUAACUUGUGA